AGUGCGCUAAUACGCCAACUGUGAUGAAUUGGAUGGACGCCCAAAAUAUUUGCACGUCCAAGGGCAAUUUGUGGGACCCGUUACCAAUCGAUAAAAUCAAACAAUAUGUUCAUUGGAUUGCGGAAAAUGAAUUCGUUUGGCUUCCAAAGUACCCAGGUGGCAAACUUGUUGAAUUAAAUGACUCAGUUUCAUUGUGUUUGAGCGCAGAGCGUUUAGAGAAUCUGAGUUUUACAUGGCGCUUCGAGAACUGCGCAAACUCUCACGGCUAUGUCUGCGCGGACGAUCCUGACAAGUUUGCCCCACAUAUGAUUAGCCUUAAUGCUGUUCGUCUGAAUACGAUGUUUGAAGUCAUAGUUGGAACUAGCACUACACGCGAUUUUACUAAAGAUACUAAUCAAGAUACAAAAACAAAGUCGACUACUCUAACUACAUCACGAAAAACAAAAAAAUCAAGAUCGCCGACGACGGUCAUACCCAGCACAAUAACUUCAUCAUUAAUAUCGCCCUCAACUGACACAACUAACACGACACAGGAAAAAACAACAGAGCCGACUCCGUCUUCGAUAAAAUAUUCCACAGCUACGAAUACAUCAACAAGCGCCAUGCAUAAUGUUACAUUUGGAGAGUCUUCACGAGGAUCUGAUGACACCAAAGACUCUACGACAGUCAUCUGGUUUGUCAUCGGAGGAAUAGGGAUAGUGGGUUUUAUUGUGGGCACAAUAGGCACUGUGUAUGGCUGUCGUCGUGAAGAUUGUCGACGACUUUCAAGACAGAGCUUGAAACGAUUCAGAAAUGGACAGACGAUCAUCAGCAUGGAUCCUGGGUCAAAUGCCGUUGCAGGACAGCCGUUAAGUUCAGUAGGCGUGCAGCCCGACCUAACACACAUGUAUAUACACGCAAUUAAUGACGAGUACGAAGAGAUAAAGUCGGACAGGACAAUUGAAGUUAAUCUCAUUUCUCAGUCAGUAGAAGACAACAGCGUUUAUUAUGAAAUCGAUCCCGACGACAUUAUUGAGCGUGAAGUAACACCAAUAUACUGGUCUCCCAAGGUGAGAGUAACGCAUCAGUUCGAUGGCUCGCUGGAAUUGAGAUCCAUGUCUCAAGAACCGUCUUAUGCAAUAGGCCGAAUAGCUGCAAGUAGCGCUCCAGUUGAAAAACCUUGUGUAGUAGACAAAAAAACUACAGAAUGCAGGUCAAGAAAAGAAUGAUUUUGAGGAGGCUUACAGGCUGGUUAAUGUCGAUAUAGUGGAGGCUUUCUCUAAAGUCAUGUCACCAGAACUGCAUUAUGCAUUAGGCCGAAUAGAUCCAGGUGACGCUACAGUUUAGAAACAUUGUUAAGUUGGCAAAAAACUAGAGAAUGAAGGUCAAGAGGAGAAUGAUUUUGAAGAGGCUCACAGGCUGGUCAAUGCCGGUAUAGUGGAGGUUUUCUUUGCAGUCAUGUCACCAGAACUGCAUUAUGCAAUAGGCCGAAUACCCUCAGGUGACGCUUCAGUUGAGAAAAGUAUGAAGUGUGCGAACAACUAACGAAUGCAGGUCAAGAGGAGAAUGAUUUUAAAGAGGCCAAACGGCUGGUUAAUUCGUGGAGGCUUAUUCUGUAGUUUCCAAAGAGCUGCUUAAUGACGAUACAAGGGAGAAGAAAAACGCAGCCGACGAAAAGUUUGUAAAUGACGAUUCAACGGAGAGCAAUAACGACAUUUCUGAAGAUCUAUUGAAUAACGCUACGUUGAGACACUAACACAUCGGCCAAAAAGAUGGUUAAAUGGGGUACAGUGGCCGAUGUGAUGGUAAUAAAGGUUCUCUGGCCGAAGUGCUGGUAAAAUAGGGGGAGUGGCCGAAGUGCUGGUAAAAGAGAAGUAGUUGUCGAUGGGCAGACACAUCAUCAUAUAUAAUUCUCUGUAUGCUUUAGUGAUGCAAACAUUUCUGAAGAUCUAUUGAAUAACGCUACAGGUGAGACACUAACACAUCGGCCAAAAAGAUGGUUAAAUGGGGUACAGUGGCCGAUGUGAUGAUAAUAAAGGUGCUCUGGCCGAAAUGCUGGUAAAAAAGGGGGAGUGGCCGAAGUGCUGGUAAAAGAGAGGUAGUUGCCGAUGCAAACAUAUGCACUAUCCAUUUAUCCUGUUUUUUUGUCAAUUUUUAAAUCAUUGUUGUCAACAUACUUUUAAACUGAGUAUGCUAAACAAUACGGACAAAGCUUGUUGUGAUAACAAUGUAUGAAUUUAUGUUACUUUCCAUGAAAAUGAAACGAACUAAAUACGUUUUAAGUUCUAUAAGAGUUUUAAAAAUGCUGCAUUGACAUAACUUUGUUUUACAGACUGAGUAAGCCUGUUGUGACGGCUUAUUACACAUUUUUACAAAACUUAGCUCACUGCUUUACAAAA